AUGCGCCGCAAGAGGGAACUGUAUGGCCUUUGUGCUUACGAGACUGCCGACGCUGGUUGGCAGCGUUGUGAAUCACACGACAGCAAAGAGAAGGAGGGGUUGGCGGUGCCUACGCCCUACAAACUAGCGCAAGGCGAUCUAAGGUCGUGCGUUGAAGCUGUUGCCGUCCUGGCAACUGAGGGACGCUCUUGUGUACUUGCAAAUCAAGGCUACUCGAGCGCUCCGAGUGUACCGACGAUUGAUGAUCCGCUCGAACUCUGCGAAAGCGUCAUCCUGUCUGGAGUCUACUGCUUGCCAAGCGGAUCUUGUCCACCGCUUUCGACUCAGAUGACAGUCUACGAGAAGCGGAUGUGA